AUGGCGUCGCCUGCAAGACUGCUCGGACGGCUUGCCACCAAAUCACCGAAUGAUAUCGUGCUGCUUUCUGCUGUGCGAAGUCCAAUUACAAGGUCUUUCAAGGGCGGUUUCAAGGAUGCUUGGCCAGAAGAUAUACUCAUGCCGGUGAUGAGGGGGGCGGUAACCCGUGCCGGCAUUCAACCUGGCGAUGUUCAAGAUGUGCUCAUCGGGAAUGUUCUGGCGGAGCUUGGGUUUGCGAAGACGGGCCGAAUGGCCUUGAACCAUGCAGGGUUUCCAGUCACCACCACGUUUCACACUGUCAACAGACAAUGCUCGAGCAGCUUGCAGGCCAUUACCCAUAUCUCGCACGCUAUUCUAGCCGGACAGAUCGACGUUGGACUUGCAGGAGGUGUCGAAAGCAUGACACGAAACUACGGUAGUCGAGGUGUUCCCAUCGAUGUGUCUCCGUCGCUCAAGAACUCCAAUGUCAAAAGCGCCAGGGACUGCCUCAUGCCCAUGGGGAUCACCUCCGAGAAUGUGGCUACCAGAUGCAACAUAUCCCGAAAAGACCAGGAUGAAUUCGCCCUCCUGAGCCAUACACGAGCUCUGGAGGCCCAGCAGUCGGGCAAAUUCUCCUCGGAAAUCGUCCCCGUGGAAUGGGCCUACACCGACGAUGCUACAAGCGUACAAACGACGCUAAGAGUCGAAAAGGACGACACCAUCAGACCUGGCGUCACUCUCGAGAAACUGGCAAAGCUCAAACCUGCCUUCUCUGACGAUGGCCGAAGCACGGCAGGAAAUUCGUCACAAAUAUCGGAUGGUGCUUCGUCCUGCAUUCUUGCACGUCGAUCUUGGGCAGAACAAAGGGGUAUCAAACCAAUAGGACGCUUCCUCGGUACGACGGUCGCUGGCUGCGAACCCGAUGAAAUGGGCCUUGGUCCUGUCUAUGCAAUUCCUGCACUUUACAAAUCUACCGGAAUCUCGCAGAAAGACGUCGAUAUUUUUGAGCUCAACGAGGCUUUUGCCAGUCAGACUCUUGCGUGCCUUCGGGCGCUUGGCAUCGGCGUCGAAAAGGUAAACCCCAGGGGUGGCGCUAUUGCCUUGGGUCACCCAACUGGCGCAACAGGAGCACGGCAGACAGCCACAUUAUUUGCGCAGCUAGAACAAGAGAACAAGGAAUUUGGUAUCGUGAGCAUGUGUGCAAGUACGGGUCACGGAGUCGCGGCGCUAUUCCAGAGGGAAUAG